CACCGGCUCCCUUGACAGUUACAACAUGUCCCCUCUUGUAGCACUACUGUUAGUGAUCGUAGUGGGCCAUGUGAAAGGUGUCAAAGUCACACCCAACUGCACUAGCUCACUCGGAUGUGUAACGCCUGCAACUCCCGAUCCCACUUCCUGCACGGGCCCGGAUGAGUUUUGGUCACCCAGCGGUUCCCUUGGCGGUUGCUGUCCAGGAUGCGUCCGUGGGCUAGCGGCGGGAGCUCCUUGUAGUGCGGAAUCAGAGCUACCGUGUGCCCCUGGGCUAGUCUGUGGUCUCGGCGGUAUCUGCCGUUUGAAUGUCGGGGACUGUUUAUCGACGCUUCACGUUCGGAACGAUACCGUGGACUGGGUUCCGCAGUGUGAUAACAAAGGCCGGUACGCGGCACGCCAAUGUCGGGGCGAUCGGCUGAAUGGCCGCUGCUUCUGCUACUCGGCCCGUGGUGAGCGCAUAUUUGGCUGGGACUGGCGCAAUCGAGCCGACAAUAUGACCUGCGCUUGCAGCCGUAGACGGGCGGAUCUGGAAGCGGAAGGUAGGUUCGAUGUUACGCUGCACUGCACGCCGAACGGGAACUACGAGGAGCUACAGUGCGAUGGAGGGUUGUGCUGGUGCGUUAACCCAUUGUCCGGUAGCCAGCAGCCAGGAACACGAGCCGUCCCGGAGUCCUCCUGGACCCUGUUACCAUGCUAUAACGACACGCUUUAUGGUGUGCAGUAUCUGCGGCGUUGCGAAAGUGUGGCCUUCUCUCAGGUGCUUCAGCGCAGGCAAUUCAUCAUUCGCGGCCACACGGGUGUCACGUUCACCAACACACUGUGCGAUUACGAUGGCAGCCACGGACGCUAUCUCAUCGAAGGGCAAGAGGCUUCGUGCACGUGGGUCGAUGGCUCUAAGCUAACGCCGUACAAAACGUCUCUUCGGACGUUGGCCGCGAUGAAGUGCAAUUGUGCACGCGACGAGAGAUACUUUGCGAUGGUGGGGCGAACGAUGGAACUGGCCUGUGAAGCGAACGGAAACUACGUGCCGCUACAGUCCCGCAACGGUGAUCUGUUUUGCGUCGAUCCGGAUGGUUUUAUCGUGGCCCAGAAUGUCACCAGCGAGCAGAACUGCAACGAGUUUAUCUUUGGUGCGAUUGUUUGAAUCACAAAUAAACUGAAAGGCACAGAACGUGGCGCACUUCGAGAAUCGAACCAAAA